AAACUUGAAUGUUUGUGACGGGGAAAAUGAGCAGGACCGCCUGAAAGUGCACUAAAUUUAGUCUGCUUCUCUUGUACCUAACCACUGCCUGCUUAGUUACUUCUGCCUGCGCAAUUUUACUUUUUAUUUAUUUAUUGCUUUGUAAUUUUAAAGCAGGAGAACCGGAACAGCGUAGAGCUGCAGAAAACCUUUAAUUUGGGGAAAAUAAUGUUGACAGAAGUCGCACCAUCGACAAUCCCUUUCGCUUUUACUCCGGGCUGCUGAACUUUCCGAUCACCUUCAGCAGUAUUUCACUCCUUCCUUAUCAGACAGCUGAAGUGCUGUUUGUGGGAAGCUUCAACCGGGUGUGAGAAGGACUUUAUAGGCUGUUCUCCAAUGAACAAGGACGCCGAAAAAUAGCUGACACGACUUCAAAACACUUGGUUUUACCUGCAAACAGGUGAGGUACCAGCUCUGAUGGUAGCAGGGAGAACACCUCACCUGUGAGAGGAUCCAAGAACCUCACCAUGACAGAGGUCCAGAGUCCGUGGCCGCAGGGCACAGAGUGCGUGGCGAGGUACAACUUCAAAGGCACAUCGGAGCAGGACCUGCCGUUCAACAAAGGAGACGUGUUGACCAUCAUCGUGGUCACAAAAGAUCCAAACUGGUACCAUGCUAAGAAUGCUGCGGGCCAAGAGGGAACGAUCCCAGCGAACUACGUCCAGAAAAGAGAAGGUGUGAAAUCCGGAGGCAAGCUGAGUCUAAUGCCGUGGUUCCACGGGAAGAUAACGCGAGACCAGGCCGAGCAGCUGCUUGACCCCCCUGAGACAGGCCUGUUCUUGGUGCGCGAGAGCACCAACUUCCCCGGCGACUACACCCUGUGUGUGAGCUGCGACGGGAAGGUGGAGCACUAUCGCAUCAUCUACAAAAACGGAAAGCUCACUAUUGACGAGGAAGCCUAUUUCGAGAACCUCAUGCAGCUGGUUGAGCACUACACCAAAGAUGCAGAUGGUUUGUGCACCAAGCUCAUAAAACCAAAGCUGGAGGAAGGAACUGUGGCCGCGCAGGAUGAAUUCUCCAGGAGUGGAUGGUCGAUGAGCAGAAAAGACUUGAAGCUUCAUCAGGUUAUUGGAAAAGGAGAAUUUGGAGAUGUCAUGGUGGGAGACUACAGAGGAACAAAAGUAGCUGUGAAGUGCAUAAAAAACGAUGCUACGGCUCAGGCUUUCAUUGCAGAAGCCUCUGUCAUGACGCAACUACGGCACAAUAAUCUGGUGCAGCUGCUUGGUGUUAUUGUAGAAGAGAAUGGGAGUCUUUUUAUAGUUACUGAAUAUAUGGCCAAGGGCUGUUUAGUAGACUACCUACGGUCCAGGGGUCGAACAGUACUUGGUGGAGAAGCUCUCCUUAAUUUUGCUUUAGACGUCUGUGAAGCCAUGGCUUACCUGGAGGCCAACAACUUCGUGCACCGAGACCUAGCAGCCAGAAACGUUCUCGUGUCGGAGGACAACAUCGCCAAAGUCAGCGACUUUGGUUUGACCAAAGAGGCGUCGUCUACUCAGGAUACGGCCAAGUUGCCUGUUAAAUGGACGGCACCAGAAGCCCUCAGAGAAAAGAAAUUUUCCACUAAGUCAGACGUAUGGAGCUACGGCAUUUUGCUUUGGGAGAUUUACUCUUUUGGCCGAGUCCCCUAUCCAAGAAUUCCAUUAAAAGACGUUGUGCCGCGAGUGGAGAAGGGCUACAAAAUGGACUGUCCUGAUGGCUGUCCCGAAGUCGUGUAUAACAUCAUGAAGCAGUGCUGGAACCUGGAUCCGGCAGCGCGGCCGAGCUUCCAGAUGCUGAAGGAAUGGCUACAACAUAUUAUUCAGAAAAAAUGAUCGCCCGCUGUCCGUUUUGUCUCCUCAAAGCAAGGACUGCUACUCUGAUAAAACAUCAAAGCAUUUUCUUUGCAUUUCACUGUAAAGUACAACUGUCCACACUGCAAAAACGCAAAAUCUUACCAACCAUUUUCGGUCUAGUUUCUACUAAAUACCUUAGUACACAUGAAAUAAGACAAGCUAACUUAAAAGUAACUUAUUUAGCAACAUAUAGAGCAAGGGUGUCAAACUCAAUUUGGUUUUGGUCCAAAUCAAGGCCAUGGAUGCUUUUUAAAGGGCCGGUUGUGGCAGAAUCUAUUGCUAAAACCCAUUAACAAACUGUUGAAGUAUAUAAAUAAAUUCUUAAAAUUAAAUAAUAUUGAACAUCUUUUCAGUCCCUCCAGGAUUUUGCGAUUGUUUCUGGGAUUUUUGCAAUAGAAACCAAAAGUGUUCGUGGUACUAAUUUAGAAAUAUUUGCACUUAUGCAUGACGGGAUAUGCAUCUUUUUAUUACCAGUUAUUAUGGAUUAUAACUUGACAUCAUGUUAGGGUGAAGCAGCUGUUUCGUAGAAGUAAGAAACACCGCAAGCGGGAGUCAAAAGUCACUUGAAUCCAAUAUUUUUUAUGCGAUAAACUCAAAAAAGUGCACAAUUUGUUUAUUUUGCGUAAAUUUUCACAAUAAUCAUCAGGAAAGUGGAGGGGCUGCUUGAUAUAAUUUGGCAGUAAACAGAUAAAAUUGAAUUUAUUUGACUGAUAAAAUAAUAUUUAAGAGCAUUGUUAUCUGGAUGGUUCUGUUAUGUGUCUCUCUAGAGUCUAGAGGGCCACAUCAGAAGCUGUGGCGAGCUGGAUUUGGCCCCCGGGCCUUGAGUUUGACGCAUGUGAUAUAGAGGCUUCUUUUAAGUAAAUAAUUCCUUAAUAUUGAUGAAAAAGUACCAGUUCCACUGGCAGAUUAUUUAACUUAUAACAAGACA